GUGACGACAGGCUGGUGUUGCUCUGGCGUUUGAAUAGAAAUAGAAAGGAGUUGCUCUCUUUAUUUCACCUUAUCCUAUUCUUUAGGGAAUUCGCGGACGAUUCUAAUAUCCACUUGGUGUUUUAAAAUGUCCUCUUUGCCUCAGAAGGCUCCAGGCGGUGCUCUUGGUGGUGUCCCGCUUCAGCAGCAGCAACAAAGCCUCCACAUGGGUGCAGGUUCAGGGCCCUCGGUCCCCGGGCAGGCCUCCAUGCCCCCCAACCCCGCCGCCCUCCGAGAAAUCUCCCCCGUGUUCCUGUGCCGCAUCGGUCAGGACACCGUGCAGGACAUCGUCACCCGCACCAUGGAGAUCUUCCAGAUCACACGGGCUACUCAGUUGCCGAACGGUGUGACACAGAGUCAGGCAGCGUAUCAGGACCGUUUCGGGAAACUGCAGGAGCACCUGCGCCAGCUGACUUUGCUCUUCCGUAAACUCCGUCUGCUCUAUGAGCGCUGCGUAGAGAUGACCUCCGACCUUCAGGAGUCUCCUGCUGAGCUGGUGCCGUAUGUUGGAGAGGAGAUGGCUCCAGUGAGAGUGGAGCCCUGCAGUCCUGCUGUGACUCAAGACAAAAAAGAAGUUUUAGAGAAAGUGAGGCAAAAGAAUCAGGAGAUGAAGGUGCUAAUGGACCAGAUGAGGAACCUCCUAUGGGACAUUAAUGCCAUGCUCACAAUGCGCAAAUGACUGGAAAGCCUUUCCCUUUUCACCCCUUCAGAUCUGCCUUUAUGUUCUUGUGAUCCACACUCCUUUCAGUCUCUAAGGACAGCGGAUGGCUCAGGAUCACUGGUACUGUUACCGCUGUGCUUAGUCUUGAUUAGUGAAAGAAGAUUCAGGUGGAGAUCGAACUCGUUAGCAAGCUCUCAUUUGUAAUAUGUACUUCUUGCUGUAAAGAACCGAACAAAUGAUGCUCUUGGAUUAGCAGGGAUCUAGGACUAUGAGUUCCAUGCCAAGUAGUAAGGAGUGAGCCCAGGUAAGCGCUACAGGGACAGAUGGGAGACCAGCCUGAGCUACAGGUUUCCUGUGUGGCACUAACAUGGAAUCCCUGACCCUCUGAUCAGGAGACUACAUGAGGUCUCUUUAUUUUCAUCCUGGCAGCUAUUUUAUCAGGUGGAAGAUGGAGCCUAAGUGUAUGUAUACAUUUUUCUUCAGGAUGUGGGCACAGUAAUAAUGUUUGUAGGGUAAACCUUUUGUACAGUUAAAGAUCUCCAUGUCAUUUUGGAUAUAAAAUAAAAAUGUA